AUAGACAGUUAACAGUUGCUGGAGAAGACAUGUUUUUCUUCACUCAUAUUGUUAUAUCAGACUGGAAUAAAGUGGCAGAAACACCCAUCUCAACAGGAGCAGACUUCCCUUUACUUAGAACACUGAAAGGCAACAACCUCUUCAUGGGAAUGGAAGCUAUGGGCUGUGGCACUGGGCUUGAGAUUUUGUAAGGUUUGAAGUCGGAAAUGCCUGUCAGGGUGGGAUCUGGUGGAAAAUGUAUUGGUCUUAGUUCUGCCUCUGGAGUUUCAGAUAAGAAUAUCCUUGAGCACUGCAAUCUGGGUUUUAGAUAGAAACCAUCUUUGUGAGCAGGAAUCCUUGAGUAUGAGAAGCUUCAACAUUAAGAUUUGUCACCUGGAGAUAUCUUUACCCUUUAGGUAUAGUGUUAUCCAUGUGCCUGUAAACAACCCCUCCUCCACACUCCUAUAAGUAACCCCAGUAAAACUGACCACGUGACCAAGCUAGACCUGAGUAGAGUCUCUUCUACUCUAUCUCUGGUAAACACACAUUCCUCCCAGGUAAGGUUUAUAUAGGAGGCUUCCCCCUGCCUGACCUCAACUGAUCCCGGCAUUGUGAAGCAAAGGCAAGCACAGUGAUGUCACAGACCAUUGUUUCAUCCUCUCUUUUUCUGGCCACCCUAGACCUGGAUCAGCCUUUUCUACUGGCACCCAGAGUGAAGAGGUCCACUUUAUCAAGCAGCCUACAGGCCAUCUGCAGCCCAUGGAUGUCAAUGGAUAUCCAAAACCCCAGCCCUCCCCCGGGACUCAUGGGCCUCUUCCCCUGACCUCUAGCACACUCAUGGUGAGCAAGAAUCUACAGCAAGAUUCCCUCAGUAUGGUAGGCGACUGGCUCCCACCAAAAACAGGUGCUGUGGUUAUUGACAUGGGCACAGGCACCUGUAAGGUAGGCUUUGCAGGACAGUCCCAACCCACCUACACGGUGGCCACCAUCCUGGGUUGCCAGCCCAAGAAACAGGCUACCAAGGGCCAGUCAGAGCUGGAAACUUUUAUUGGAGAGGCAGCCCGCUCCCGCCCGGAACUGAGAUUGGUGAAGCCUAUCCGCAACGGCAUUGUGGUGGACUGGGAAGCAGCCGAACUAAUAUGGCGACACAUCCUGGAACAUGAUCUCCAAGUAGACACCCAGGACCACCCUCUACUGUUUUCGGAUCCACCCUUCAGCCCUGCCACCAACCGAGAGAAGCUAGUAGAAGUGGCCUUUGAGUCUCUGCGCUCCCCAGCCUUAUAUGUGGCAUCUCAAUCAGUAUUGUCAGUCUAUGCUCAUGGGCGUGUUAACGGACUUGUUGUGGACACUGGCCAUGGAGUCAGCUACACGGUGCCAGUUGUUCAGGGUUACAACCUACCCCAUGCCAUCCAACGCUUGGACCUGGCAGGCAACCAUCUUACUGCCUUCCUAGCAGAGAUGAUCCUGGGCUCCGGCUUCUCAUUGCAACAGGAGGACCUGGACUUGGUAGAGAACAUUAAACAUCGUUACUGCUAUUUGGCCCCAGAUUUCAAAAAGGAACAGGCCCGCACAGAUCAGGAGUGCAAGCAAACCCUGAAGCUUCCUGAUGGACGGACUGUUACUCUGGGAAAGGAGUUAUUCCAGUGCCCAGAGCUCCUAUUCAAUCCCCCAGAGAUUCCAGGAUUGUCGCCCAUGGGCCUCCCAGCCAUGGCUGAAGAGAGCCUCCUCAAGGUGCCUCAGGAGCUACGGCCCCACGUGGCCCAGAAUGUGAUCUUAUGUGGAGGCUCCUCACUCUUCACCGGCCUGGAGGGUCGCUUCAGGGCAGAGCUACUGCAUUCUCUGUCCCCUGAGGACCACGUAGUGGUGAUGGCACAGCCUAACAGGAACCUCUCCGUGUGGAUUGGGGGCUCCAUUCUGGCCUCACUGCAUGCUUUCCAGUCCUGUUGGGUCCUGCGGGAACAAUAUGAAGAAAGGGGACCCCAGGUUGUAUACCGAAAGUGCUACUAACAUGGGACAAGGUGGGAAGGGCUAAGGGCAGUAAAGCUUUCUUGGCAAGCAAA